GGAAAUUAUGUCACUCCGAGAUCGACCAGCACCACAACACUCUUUGAUUAUGUCUCUUCCCGUUCCGAUUUGAGUGUCUUAGCAGAAGCAUUGCAGGGCAUUGGCGGCUUUGUGGAGGCUUUUGACACCGAGCCAACAUGGAACUUCACCUUCUUUGCGCCGAACAACGAGGCAUUCCAGAAUCAUACAGGUUCAUACUUCAACGCCUUUAGGUCUACGCCCAAAGGGAACUGGUGGCUUGGCAACAUACUUCUCCAUCACUAUGUGCCGAAUUCCAAGCUAGAGUCGACUAGCUUCAAUGCAUCGUAUCAGCGCUUCCAGGCGGCAACGUACCUCUAUAUAGGCUCCCAGGUACACGAUGGUAAUAUCAUUCUCAAUAACGUGGCCACGGUUGUGGAGGCAAACAUUCCCAUCACCAAUGGGGUUGUUCAUAUCAUUGAUCGAAUCCUCGAUCCCUCAGCGCAGGUGUUCGGAAGCGAUCUACCCAAGGUUUCCCAAGUCUUUAUCCCUGGGAGUUGCUCUAAUACGAAACUUGCAUAUUGUUAA